UGGGAAGCAUCCAUCAAUCUUUCCGACUGAGUCAAGCCGUCCACACAAUUUGACCGGCCGUCCCUUCCCCAAUCCGUUUGUCAUCCUCCUCACAUAAAAGCUAGGGUUUGCCAUUCCUUCUCCUCCAUCUGCAAAAUUUGAUUUUAGAAACAAGGCAAAGUUUUUUGAACGAUGCCACCCUUCGCCGGCGCGGCUACCACAGCUCUCCUCUGCCCUUAUAAGCCACCGGAAACCUCCAUCGUAACCCUUAACGUCGGCGGACGUGUCUUCCAAACUACUGCACAAACCCUAGCGGCUGCGGGAUCAUCUUCCCUUCUCUCUGCCCCUCCUUCCUUCAUCGACCGGGAUCCCGAUCUCUUCGCUUCACUCCUUGCCCUCCUCCGCACCGGCCGACUCCCCUCCUCUGCAGCCACAGACGACAUCUCGGACCUUGCAGCUGAGGCCGAGUUCUACGGCAUCGAUCCCCGCGUCCUUCAUUCGUCUUCCUCAUCCUCGUCCUCCCUCUCUCUCCGCCGCUCUCUUCUGCUCCCACUCCCUGGCCGAGACCCUGUCGCCGUCCUCUCCGCUUCCCCUUCCGGUGAACUCCUCGCCGCCCACGGCUCCAAGAUCUCAUCUUUCGACUUCUCCCUGCGCCGUCGCAAGACUAUCUUAACCUCCCUUCCCGCCGUCGACUCCCUCCUUUCCCUCCGCAACUCUUCGCUUGCCUUCGCCGGCGCCGCCGAUUUCCCCGGCCUCCAAAUCCUCGACCUCAGUUCCGGCACUCUCGUCAAAACCCUGAACUGGCACCCCCACCCCUCUGCCCCCGGCGCCACCGUCCAAGCCGUUUGCGAAGCCGCCGACCGUCAACUCCUUUUCUCCAGCUACGAAUCCGGCCGUCGUAACUCUAGCGCCAUACUUGCCUUUGACCUCAACUCAGGCGGUGAUUUCCGCCCUGUUUACGAAAUCUCUCGCCGCGAGAUCUUUGGCGCUGAGCUCGAUUCAGCUAUUCCUGCAACAAAGCUCAAAUGGGUUCCAUCUCUCAAUCUCCUCAUGACGGCAGGUUCGCACUGGGGCCCUUCCGGUGUUGUUGGUAACAUCCAGCUAUGGGAUGUCCGUGCCGGCGGUACCCCGACUGCUAUUUUCAAUCUGAAUGAGAAAGAUGACUGCUUUGCGGAUGUCACAGUCUCCGACGACCUAUCCGCAUUGUUUAAGGUUGGAGCGAACUCUGGAGAUGUGUUCAUGGCGGAUUUGAGGAAAUUAGAAGCAGGGGAGCCAUGGUUUCGGCUUGGUGGAGGGAGAUGGAAUGGUGGGAAGAACGAAGGGAAGGCGUGCAGGAUUGAGAGCGAAGGAAGGCAGGUGUUUUGCAGCAGGGGAGGGGAUAUAGAGAUGUGGAGCGAGGUGGCGAUGGCGGCAGCGCCAGAGUUUGAGGAGAAGGUGAUGCGGAGGAAUCUGAUGGGGAGGGAGAAGGAUAUGGGUGGAGCGAGGAUCUUGCAGAUGGUUUUUGGAGGUAAAAGAAUGGCCGUCGCAAGGAGCGGAGAGUGCUGCGUUGAGGUUUGGGAGAGCUCAGAUCGCAGUUAAUGAUGUUUGGGACUCUAGAUUCUUAAACAAUCCUCCGCAGUUUGUAAAUUGUGUAUCUGAGAUCAGAUUUUAAUUAUUUCUUCGAUCUGUGUAGCAUGUUUGUUUAUUCAGUUCUUGUUUGAUGAAAGUUGAUUCCUUUUCAAUC